AUGAACCCCUCCUAUCCCCAAGAAAACUUCCACCACACCACCUUCGCCACUUCAUCCUUCUGGGCAAAACGUCGUUCCAUCGUACGGAAGAACACACUGCAUGCACAACUGGAGAUCCUCAAGUCAACUGGCAGGUACGAUGCCUUCCGCUUGAAAUGGCAUCCCACGUAUGAGGAAGGCUAUAAAGCCCUCUUCUGGGACUCGGAUGUAGGCAAAUGGCUGGAAGGAGCUUGUUACUUCCUUGCUGAGAAGGGAGAUGAGGAGGGUGAUAAAGUGAUUGAUGAGGCUGUCAAGGAGUUGACGAGUAUGAUUGCUGGUGCACAGUGGGAGGAUGGGUAUCUGAAUAUUCAUUUCACAGUUGUGAAGACAGGACUUAGGUUCACGAAUCUGAGAGAUUUGCAUGAGUUGUACAACGCAGGUCAUCUCAUCGAAGCAGCACUCAUCCAUCACCAGCACUACAAAAACAACCUCCUCCUAGACCCUAUGUUAAAAUACGUCUUGCUCAUGCACACAACAUUCGGUCCAGGACCCGGUAAAAUCCACGGUUAUCCCGGACAUCCUGAAAUCGAGCUCGCGCUGCUAAGAUUGUAUUCCCGGACAGGCAACACUCAUGCUUACGAGCUCGCUAAGUAUUUCAUCACAGAGCGAGGCAAUCUUCUCGGUGUGAAAGGCCAACAUUUUUAUCUUGCGGAAGCGAAGCAAAGAGGCGAGGACCCGGGUCAGAGACCAGCCGGUGAUGCGUGGCCGACGGCGAAUGCGUUCUGGUACCAGCAAGCCCACAAGCCUAUCCUGGAGCAAGAGACAAUUAAAGGCCAUUCUGUGAGAGCUAUGUAUCUUUUGAAUGCGGUCGCAGACCUUGUUCAUCUCUCUCGCACCCGUGAAGAGGAUUCGGGCGAGUUUGAAAAGUAUAAAACUAAGAUGUACCUGACGGGAGGCAUUGGCGCAAUCGAUCAGUGGGAAGGCUUCGGCAUUGAUUUCUUCCUUCCGCAGAGUACAGGUGAAGGCGGUUGUUACGCCGAGACGUGUGCAAGUAUCGGCGUUAUGAUGCUGGCGGAGCGAAUGCUGCAAUUGGAUCUCGAUGGCAAAUAUGCCGACAUCCUCGAGCUUGCGUUGUACAACACAGCCUUGGGAGGCAUGAGUCAGAAUGGCAAAGAAUUCCUGUACGAAAAUCAUCUUGCGAGUUGCUCCAAGCGGCCGAUGAAGCGAGAGAGUUGGUUUGACUGUGCUUGCUGUCCACCAAAUGUUACGAGGACGUUCGGGAUGUUGGGUGGCUAUUUGUGGUCAUCCAUUGUCAAGGGCAAGGAUCUCGAGAUUGACGUGCAUCUCUACAAUUCUGCGGUGCUGAGCUUUGAGGUUCCAGGUGGCACGCUGUCGUUGAAGCAGGACACGAACUGGCCUUGGGGAAAUACCGUUACUUUCACUCUCGACGCCCCAUCUUCGCUCGAUAUCACGAUCAAAUUGCGAAUCCCCAGCUGGGCGCAGCCUUUUGAGAAUGGCGAGCUGUUUACCCUAUCACCUUCCCCCAUCCCCUCCCUCAAAAGUUCAAAAUCCUACCUCAUCCUCACUCCUUCCUACACCUCUCUCUACCGCAACACACUAGUAACCCUUGCCUUCAGCCCCCUCACCUUUCAACCCCGCCUCCUCCGGCACCACCCCUCCACAAAUCAAAACACACUAUCCAUCGCCCGCGGCCCAUUAAUCUACUGUGCGGAAGAUAUCGAUAACGAAUGGGUAGAGGACCACUUCAAGUCUGUUGCUAUCUCUGAAGAUACCAAACUAGAAGAAUAUGUUGCACAAGAUACGAUCCUGGGAGAGGAUUUUAUGAAGAUCACGGCUUCAGGGGUGAAGGUGGAAGACGCUGGAACUGAAAAGGGGUCAUUCCCUGGCUUUGAUAUUGUGAGGGAGAAGAGUGUGAAGAAGACAGAUGUUCAAAUUGUGUUUGUACCUUAUUUUUAUAGGGGGAAUAGAGGUGGGAGGGGGCAUAUGAGAGUUGGGUUUAGGAGGCUAUGA